AUGUGGCAGACGUUUGUGCAACAAAGUCACGCAGCAGCGCUGGCAUUGCACCGUUCUACCUGUACUUGUUCGCUGAGCGCGCGCCCUGUGCACAUGCGGCAACGGUGUGUCAGUGCCCCGGUCUCUGGAGCCGCCUCCUCUGCCGCUGCCGCUCGAGCUUCCGCAGUAAAGAGCCGCUCGAGAUACCGGCGACGAUGGCGCGGCUUUGGGAUCGCAGCAGCCUGCUUCGUUGUAGGCGUGGUGCUCUACGUGUGUCUGGGUAGCUCGAUCAUGUUUCAAUCGAGUGCGCAGCAGCGGCAGCGUCGCAGACCGGGGAAGUACCCUGUACUGGCCGAGCGUGAUGUAAUGGCGCUGGACGUGGCCACCUCGCAGGUGGCGAAUCUGGCAACGUUGCCAGCGCUGGACAACUUAGUCAAGUCAGCAGCUGAGCUGGGGGCGGUGCACGCGCAAGUGCUCGAACAGGUGGUUGCUGCGCAGGAGGUAGAGGACGGCGGGCGUGCGCUUCGCGAGCUGGGCGUUAGUCAAAGCCACCUUUCUAGUGGCUGCUCUUCCCUGCGACGUGCUGCCGAUGUGAGCUACGCGAAGCUCAAAGCCAUGCUGCUGCAGGAAGCGCAUGCGGAGCUACAUAUGGCCCCGACCUCACUCGUGCGCACCACGUACGGCUGGAUGCUGGGCAACAUCUAUCUUUACAGCGCAGUGUUGCCGGAAUACUACCUCUUUCGGGACGAUAGCACUAACCACGCACUGGUGCUCCUGCGCAGCACCAACGUGCUCUCCUGGAGCCCACGUGUGCACACGGUGCCGUCGGCAGAGAUGCGCGAGCACGGCGCAGCGGUGGCGACCUAUGACUUGUUCAACUGGUCUGGGGGAGCGGCGUGCAGACGAGGGCCUCUGGGUCACGUGCCGCACGCGACGCGAUUUUGUGAAUCGUCCUUCUCCUCCUGGUCCGCCGUGGCGCGCCGCGUCGCCGCCACGUACGAGGAGCUCAUUGUUCUGUACCCCACCUACGCACCACUACGCCUGCACUAUGCGAUUUCGUUUGCCUUUCUUGCGAUGGACACCGCAGCUGAUGUGACGGCGGGUGGCACACAGGGUCUUGAUGGCCACACGGCAAAGGCGCUCCAAGUAAUCCGGAGCGACCGCUCAAAGCUCAAGGGAACGUACACGCAUGCCGACGCAGCCCACGGGCCCGUUUUGGCUCUCCUGGAGGCGUUUCUCACCCCAGUAGCGUUGCGCACCGCAGACCAGGAUGCUCAGCUCGUGGCGGCGCUCCGUGAGUGGGAGAGCUGUGCUGAGGCGCAGGCAGCGCUGCUGGAGGCUACCUCUUGGCCGGGGGGCGUUUUUCCUGGCGAGUACCGUGCCCCUCUUCUUCGAGACGUGCAGUUGUCACACUUACUGGCUAAGGCGCAGCUUCAUUUGGGCGAUGAUCAUGCAGCGCUGCAGACGUUGCGCUUGUGCUUGUGA